AUGUUUGCAAAAUUCCUUUUCGUACGGGUUUUCCUUGCGAACCUAUUGCAUCUUGCUAUCGCAGUUAGCAAUGGCACGAUUUCUAACUCAUCAGCUGGACCGCCUACCUGUGCCUCCCGUUGCAUGGUAGACAGCAUGUUUGUGACGCAGUGCCUGGACACAAGGUGCCUCUGCAACGAGAAAGACUACCAGAAGUCCCUAUUCCAGUGUCUCUAUUCCCAAUGCGACUCGAAUAAUUACGGCCCGGCUCUCAGCCAUUCGAUCUCGCUUUGUAUGAGCUUUGGUGCUGAGAUCUACAUGGCCGCUCCCAGCAGGGUUAAUGACGAACUCCUGCGGUCUCGCGAAGAAGAUUAUCUCGCCGGGCGAGAAGUCAAAGCAGUUCCACAUCUCCAACUGAGACAGGAAAGCGCUGCCGGAAUAGGAACGACCAUAACUGUCACUACCACCGUCACAGACUUCGUUACGGUGUCUUAUUCCCUCAUCACCUACACCUCGAACCAUCUAACUCCUAGUCCAUUUCUAGAGACGUCACAAGCAGCGGAAGUAACAACCACCUCAUCCAGCCGACCUUGGGUGAUACCUGUAUCCGAAGCAACUGAAGGGGCUCGGUCAAGACCAUCAUUCUUCGGACUGGUCUUGUGGGUUGCCUUUGUUAUUAUGCUCGAUUACUGGAUGGAAAUGAGCAGUCACUAGAACUAGAUGAGCAUAUUUCCAUUGUCGAUUUUAUUUACGACGUGGAUAUGAAAAUUUGCUAUUAGACCAGGGGCAUAAAUGUUAUUAGGGUGCAGAUGAUCGCCCAUGUAAGCUUAGCCAUGC